AUGGCAAAACAGAAAACAGCAAGGAAUCCAACUUCAAGUUUACAAUCAAAUCCUGAUUCGCCAAAUCAAAACCAAUCAAGUCCAAGAAGACGUUCAUCGCGAGUCAAAAAACCAAUUCAAAUUCAACCAGUAUCAAAUCCAGAUUCAGAUGAAGAAGAAGAAGAAAACAUACCUUCUUCACCUUCAUCAGAUCAUCAUCGAAAGAAAUCGAAAAAAGUCAUCGGAUCUAAAAAACCAGUUCGAACGCGUAAAACUCCAAUUAAGAAACCUAAAGCCAAAUCAACGACUAAUCAAAACCCAAAACGAAAUCAAGCUCAAGAAAAUGAUCAUGAUCUUGAUGAAGGUGUUAGGAGUGAUAGAGAGUUAGGAAACCAUGUAAAAUCUGAUUAUAUCAUUUCACAAGAUAAUGACCUCUUUAAUUCGAUCCAGAAAGGUAGCUCGGCUAUCGAACCUACUUUGGAAGAUUGGAUCGAGAUGUAUAAAGGUAAAGAUUCAAAUGAAACCGAUUCAAACGAAGAAGCUCGAGCGGAAGCAAUCGCGCUUAUGAUUAAUUGUAUUCUAAGAUGUUGUGGUUGUAAUAAUAGUAUUGAUAAAGAUGAAGCCUUAGAUCUAGAUGCAGUUCCUGAAAGAUUAGAUGAUAUUCAAGAAGAAUUCAAAAAGUACGCGUUUUUUUAUCUUACGAACCAAUCACAACACGCCUUAUCCGAUCAAACUAGUAUGACCACUUCUUCUUUAAGAUCUAUUAGACAUACUUCUACUUUUGUUUGUUUGUUUGGUUUGAUGAGUUCAUUUAUUGAUAUUUUGAUUCAAGUGAGUAUUGAAUUCAAUCAAUUAAAUAAAAAAGUCACCGAUCUUAAAAGUAAAAGUCAUAAUAAUAAUCGAUCUACAAGUGAUGAAAGAUUAAAUGAAUGGGAAAAGAGGAAAAGUUUAGUUGGUGAUCAGAAAGAGAGUCUUGAGAAUCAUAUUAAUGAUUUCUUUGAUGGGGUUUUUGUUCAUCGAUAUCGAGAUUCAGAUCCCAAGAUCCGAAUCGAAUGCGUUCAAGCUCUAGGGCAGUGGAUGAAUCAACUUCCUGACCAUUUCUUGGGUGGUCAUUAUUUACGAUAUUUGGGUUGGGUCUUGACUGAUACUCUAGAUUCGAAGCCAUGA